GCUGUGGAUUUUCCUGGCGAGUUUCAAUGAUUCUUUGCUUGCAACCCGGACUGAAGAUUUCAGAUGUGUUCUAAGCUUCCUGGAGUGACUACUCUUCAGGGUACUGAUGGAGACAAGAGCUCAGAAUGGCGGCGGGUCACAGCCCUUGCUACAGGGUCAGCAUGACAGCGGGAGGCAGUAUGGAGAAUCCGAUCUGCGGGAUGUUUUGGCACAACAAGUCCACGUCUUGUCCUUGGACCAGAUCAAGGCUAUCCGGAAUACGAACGAGUACACAGAGCCGCCUACGGUGGCUCCACGGCCAGGGGUGAAGGUGGCUCCCCGUCCACCGGCCCAGCACAAAAACGAAAGGCCGCAUGGAUUGACUGAACAGCGUCAUCUUAACAGGGUCCAGCAUCCCCAGGUCCACACGUCUUCCCGGGUACCGCUGUCCCGUUCGAUUAGCACAGUGAGUUCUGGCUCGCGGGGCAGCACGAGGACCAGUACAAGCAGUAACUCGUCGGAACAAAGACUUCUGGGGUCCUCGCUGGGGAUUGUUGUCGACGGGAUAAUUCGAGUGCAACCCAAGUCGGAGCUGAAGCCGACUGAGCUGAAGCCCCCUAGCAAAGAAGAUUUGAACCUGCACGCCUACCGGUGCGAGGACUGUGGGAAAUGUAAGUGUAAAGAGUGCACUUAUCCGCGAACCCUUCCCUCCUGCUGGAUCUGUGACAAGCAGUGUCUUUGCUCGGCCCAGAACGUGGUCGACUACGGGACUUGCGUCUGCUGCGUGAAAGGGCUUUUCUACCACUGCUCCAACGACGACGAGGACAACUGCGCCGACAACCCCUGCUCUUGCAGCCAGUCCCGCUGCUGCACUCGGUGGUCCGCCAUGGGGCUCGUCUCCCUCGUCCUGCCUUGCUUGUGGUGUUACCUGCCCGCCAAGGGUUGCCUUAAGUUGUGCCAGGGGUGCUACGACCGGGUCAACAGGCCCGGGUGUCGCUGCAAGCACUCCAACACCGUUUGCUGCAAGGUGCCCAACGUCCCGCCCAGGAACUUUGACAAGCCGACAUAGCAUCACUAAUCUGGAGUCGCUAAAACGUAAUAAGG